CAAACGUAGCGGUUAUAGACGCGGCAACUAACGUGCAUGAGAUUAUAUGAGUUUGCAGAAUUCAGAUUGUUGUGUCCACGGUUUCGGUGUUCGAUGCUCUUUUUAAUCUUUUCUCGUCGCUUUUGCUAAAGUCGGUAAUUUAUAGAAUUUGAGCGUAAAUAUAUUUAGAUAAUAUUUUAAGGCAUCUUACAGUGUAAUCUAAAGUCAUGGAUAGAUUAUUACGACUAGGAGGUGGAAUGCCAGGGCUCAAUCAAGGUCCUCCACCCUCUGAUGCUCCAGUUGUGGAUACUGCUGAACAGGUCUACAUAUCCUCCUUAGCUCUUUUAAAAAUGUUAAAGCAUGGCAGAGCUGGAGUACCAAUGGAAGUUAUGGGUCUUAUGCUUGGUGAAUUUGUUGAUGACUAUACAGUCAGGGUGAUCGAUGUAUUUGCCAUGCCUCAAACUGGAACUGGUGUCAGUGUCGAAGCAGUUGAUCCAGUUUUCCAAGCUAAAAUGUUAGAUAUGCUCAAACAAACAGGUCGACCAGAGAUGGUAGUUGGCUGGUACCAUUCGCAUCCUGGAUUCGGAUGUUGGCUUUCUGGUGUUGACAUAAAUACGCAACAGUCUUUUGAAGCACUCAGUGAAAGAGCAGUUGCAGUGGUUAUUGAUCCUAUUCAAUCAGUGAAAGGAAAAGUAGUUAUUGAUGCAUUUAGACUAAUUAAUCCAAAUAUGAUGGUACUGGGUCAAGAACCUAGACAGACAACAUCCAAUUUAGGUCAUCUUCAAAAACCAUCGGUACAAGCUUUAAUUCAUGGUCUUAAUCGGCAUUACUAUAGUAUUAGCAUAAAUUAUAGAAAGAAUGAGCUUGAACAAAAGAUGUUACUGAAUUUGCAUAAAAAGACAUGGAUGGAUGGUUUGACUCUUGCAGAAUAUUCAGAACACAGUAAAUUCAAUGAGAACAUAGUUCAGGAAAUGCUUGAAUUGGCUAAGAAUUAUAACAAAGCCCUUGAAGAUGAAGAAAAAAUGACCCCAGAGCAGUUGGCAAUUAAAAAUGUUGGUAAACAAGAUCCAAAACGACAUUUAGAAGAAAAGGUAGAUAAUCUCAUGGUAAAAAAUAUCGUUCAGUGCUUAGGAGCUAUGCUGGAUACUGUUGUCUUUAAAUAAGCAUUUGAUAAUCUUGAAAACAAAAUUCGAAAGUACAUUAUAAACGUUUUUUUCAGCAAGUUAAUGUUUUGUACUCAUACACCGCAAGCCAUUUCUCUAAUCUUGUAAUGAAAGAAAAAACUUAUCAAAUAAAU